AGGCUCUUUGAGCAGGUAGCUCGUUUUCAAGCAGAAUCUCCCUGUCGACCACUUUUGUCGGAAGAAUGACAGGGAAAACCGGCGGCAAGGGAGUGGCUGUGACCUUUAACAAACUGACCUACACUGUGCCUGUGAAGAAGGAGAAGUUGGAGAUUCUCAAGGACCUCUCUGGAGUGUUCCACCCGGGCCACCUGACAGCCCUGAUGGGCCCCAGUGGUUCUGGCAAGACCACACUCAUGGACAUUUUGGCAGGCCGGAAGAGCGGUGCUGGCAAGAUCGAGGGCGAAGUGUUGUAUGGAGGCUCUCCAGCACCAACUGCAGUUCUGAAGCACCUGACGGGCUACGUGGAGCAGUUUGACACCCUGAUCGGCGAGCUGACCGUGGACCAGAUGCUCAUGUACACUGCGGAGAUGAAGCUGCCCCGCUCCACAUCCCGCGAGGACAAGCGGAAGCGCGUCGACCAGGUGAUUUCACAACUUCGCCUCAACAAAUGCCAGCACACCGUCAUUGGCAACGUGCUGAGCCGCGGGAUCUCCGGCGGGCAGGCGAAGCGCGUGAAUGUCGCUUUGGCACUGAUCUCUCAGCCCAUGGUGGUCUUUCUGGAUGAGCCCACCAGCGGUCUGGACUCCAAGAUGGCCAAUGAGGUCUGCUCCAUCCUGAAGGAGCUGGUGAAAGAUGGCUACACGAUCAUUGCCACUGUGCACUCGCCGACCAGCUUUGCCUUCUCACUCUUCGAUGAUUUAAUGAUGUUGCAGGCUGGCGGUGGCAUGGUGUACGCCGGCCCAGUGGCAGAGGUGAAGCCCUACUUUGUCUCCUGUGGAUUUCCCUUCCCGGAGGAGCAGGGCUAUUCGUUGCCAGAUUGGCUGGUGGAUAUGACGAGUGGUGCCACUGGAGCGAUCAUGGACACUGCGGAGGUCGACGGUGAGAAGGCGCUGGAGGCUACUGACUUCGCGGCCGCCUGGGCGAAGAGUGAGAAGAGCGCCAGCUACCAGAAGGACUUUGAGGCCACCUUGGCCUUCUUGAAGGCGGAGCCUGCGCCCUUGAAGAUGCUCCCCAGCGCGGGGCCGGGACAGCUCAAGGCGCUUUGGACGUUGCUGAGCUACCGCACCAGCACCCACUAUCGCUCGGGCGAAUUCUUAGGCCCACGCUUUGGAGAUAAGAUCUUCAUGUCCCUGCUCUCCUUGUCCCUCUACUGGGGCAUCGGCAGCAAGACAGACGCGCAGAGUAUCCAGAGCACUGCUGCCGUGCUAUACUUCUUUUGUGCACUCUGUGGCUAUGGCGCUGCAGCGUUUGUGCCUUCCUUGACGCUGGAGCGAGCACUCUUCUACCGGGAGCGUGCUGACGGUUUGUAUACUGGCUUGACAUACUAUUUGGCCAAGUUCAUUGAAGAAGCAUUGGUGUGCGUGGUGACAAGCUUGGUCUUUAGCUGCGCGGUCUUUUGGGCCAUGGAACUUCAGGGCAGCUUUUUGGUCUUUGCUGCCAGCUACUUCCUCACCACCAUGGUGGGUAUCGUUUUAGCCUAUGCCGUUGCAGCUGUGGCGCCCAACAUGGAAGCGGCCAAUGCGCUCCUCCCCACCUAUGUCACGACCUGCCUCUAUUUCGGCGGCCUCUUCAUCGUGUUCGAGAAGAUCCCUGACGGCUGGUAUUGGUACUCCUGGACCUCCUUCCUGCGGUACAGCUGGGGCAUGCUGAUGUUGAACCAGUUCAAAGAUCAGCCCACUGGAGAUGCCCAAGUCUUCUACCAAGAUGGUCGAACGGUCACUGUUUUGGAGUUCUACGGCUUCAAUGAUGGAAUCAUGGCAGACAUGGGCGCGUGCACUGCUUUGCUCAGUGGUUUGCUGGUGAUUUUUGCUAUUCUGGGUGCCUUGGGUCUCAGCUAUGUGUCCCACGUGAAGCGCUAGGAGCGCUGGACGUUUGCAGAGUUGGCGGCGUGACCAUCAUGGGACGCGCGUUCCCAAGUUUUUUGCGGCUUGAAAUUGGGAAGGUCUUAAGAAAUUUGGGGGCUCCUUCAGACAGCG